AGGGUAUACAUUGGUGAUAUUUGUAUGAAUUGAUCCUAUUAAUGUUGUAUCGUUUCAUAUUUAUCAACUUAUAUAUAUUUUAUGUUCAUUUAAAAUUUAUUAAUUUAAUAUUUUUCUAAAAAUGUGAUAGUUGUUCAUUUAUAUAAACUACUUCCAUCCCUUAUUCAUUUAUAUAAAAUAUGGUAAACAAAAAUACAUAAGCUUAUAUACCAUUUUGUGAAUAUGAAGGUUUCGUUAAAUGAAAUUACGUUUGGCAAUAAAUGAUCGUUAAGAAAAAUAUAAACUGUAUUUGUUAUAACCGUAUUGCAUAGAAUAUAAUUUUAUUAAAAUGUGUUUAUUUGUGUAUUGAUAAAUUUUUUUAUAUAUUUGUUACAAUAAAUCCUUACUAAUUUUUAAUAAUUAGUAAUCAUAAAUAACCGUGGUAGUUGUUAUCUUAACACAUUACAGUUAAAUAAGUCAUUUAGCUAUACAUUAUAAAUCUAAGUUUGCUAGGUUAUUGAUAAACUCAUAAACUAUUCAUAAAGUUUAGGAAAUAAGUAAACAACGGAAUUCCAGGAAAUUGUUAGUGAUCGUUAUAGAUCGAUGAAUUGAUUUAAAAGGAAGCGGGAAAUAAGCUGUUAGAAACGCGCGAAGUUUGAUGAGAGCGCGGGAAGUAAGUAGUGGGGAUAAGUCCAGCCAGUAGAUUGGUUAGGCGUGUCGAGGCGCGGAGGGGCAUCGACCGGUCUGGCAUCGGGCUGCUAUCGGACUGGCAGGUCCCCCCGUUCAGUGCCACCAAUACACAAGAGCCGAGGACUCUCUAUCGCCGACCAUUGGUCCUCAAUUUGCCGACCAAUCAUUGGGAAAGUGCCCACGAAAAUAUCCAAUCAAUAGGAAAAAUUUACAAUGGAGCAACUGGGAGAGGGUCAAGCAGUUGUGGUUGGUAGUGCCGGUGGAACUGUCCAAGUUGUUCAAAUGGGACAGGGUGGACAGGCUAUGAUGUUACCACAAGCUAUUCAAGUGGCUGCACCAAAUGGACAAAUACAAGUAGUUCCAGUGUCUAGUUUAACUGGUACAGGUCAACAGAUUGUAAUUCAACAACCUCAAACACCGCAAAUUAUUCAAACCCCAGAUGGACAAACGUAUAUUUAUCAACCAGUUCAAUUGGAAGGUCAAGUUCAACAAGCACAACCAACAGUAAUCAAUAUCAAUGGAAAUCUUAUGCAAAUUGCUGGAACAACAUCGCAAACAGCCACAACUGCUGCAGCUACAACUCCGGUACAACCUCUAGCAAGUCCUACUGCAACAGCAACUCAGGCAGGAAAUGUUGUCAUGAUGGUACCAGGUAAUAGUGGACAGGCGCAAUUUCAGAGGGUGGCAUUACCUAAUGCCGAAGUUUUUGAAGAAGAACCUUUGUACGUGAAUGCUAAACAAUAUAGACGUAUAUUAAAACGACGUCAGGCUCGUGCUAAAUUAGAAGCGGAAGGAAAAAUACCUAAGGAAAGACCAAAAUACCUCCACGAAUCUCGUCAUCGACACGCAAUGAAUAGAAUUCGUGGUGAAGGUGGUCGUUUUCAUUCUGGUCAAGUAAAGAAGCGAAAUAGAACAAACGAAAACUCCAAGAUUACCCAGCACAUCACAACAUCGACCAACACCAAUACCGUUCGUACUAUAGCAAUAGCAGCAGCAACAAAUGUAGGUGUACAGUAUCACGACACAGACAACAUGGCUUCGACCAUUGUCAUUGAAAAGCCGGGUAUUCCUCUUCAAGAUAUGAUUUCUGAAGAUGAUAUAAUUACCUCAAACAAUUGUUUAGUGUAGAUAAAUAUUUAAAUGAACUUUAGAGGUGACAAGCGGUAAAAUAAUAAGUAAAAAAAGAAAGUGUGUCAGUGAUCAAAUCCUACAUGUAUUUGUGUUAAUCUUUAAUGAACAUUUUGUAAAUAAUCAUCUCAUGAGAUAUAGUGCAAGUAAAUAUUUUGCGAACACGAAGCUGUAAAGAAUCGUCAGAAUUGUACAUAUUACUAUUGUGAAAGUGUUUACAUCUUAUAUUUUUUUAAUUUUCCUUCGCGUACCAUAACAUAAAUUCGAUAACUAACAUUAUUGCAUAAUAUGUUGCGGUACAAUGAAAAACUAGAUUGAAGAUGAAACAUUUCACAUUGUAAUAUUUUGGUAAAGGAAAGACGAUUGUAUGUUGUAGGUUAUAGUUAUAAUUAAUUUCAAAUAUUUCAUGUGUACAUAAAAAGAACCUACAGUGUAACAUAUCGAUUGUGCGGCUACAAAUUGUAAAUUUUUAUAUAAAUCGUAUUGUUACAUUUGGUGGAGA